AUGGAAAAUUUGUUACUACAGGCAUUACUCUGCCUUAUAGUCAUAUUAUCUAACAACAAUGUAACUAGUGAUAAUGUAGCCAAAAGGUCUUUUUAUCGAUAUGAUUGGUCGGAUUCAUUAGAAAGCUACAGAAAAACAUACCACAAAACUCUGCAGUAUAAAUUUCUCAUGACUGAAAUUCAGACACAUGAAAAACCUCAGAAUGCAGAACAAACAAUGAAACGUGAAAUUCUGAGACUUGAACAUUUAUAUCAAAGUAAAUGGGCGAAGGAAUUUCUUGAAUAUGAAUACAAGAAGGCAUUGGAAGAAGAUACUGCUAUUGACCACAAUGUUUUCGUUCAUGAGGGAUUAUACAGUAUGUUGAACACCAGUAUUUCAAGUAAAUGGGAAAUUCGAAAAAAUCUCGAUAUUACAGAAGGUAAUUAUGUUGCGGAGAAAUCAGGCGAUUUGAAGAAAGACGAAGAUCGUCUACAUCAAUAUUGCAUUCAGUAUGAUGAUGAUAAAAAUAUGACAUUCACGUUUCCUGACCAACAGACAGAAUAUCAUUCAACACUUCUUGUUUACUUAGCUUACCUUAGAGUGUUGGAAAGGAGAGCAGUCAUCGCAUCGAUAGCAUACAGAAAUACUGCAAAUUAUUUGCGAACAUGGGAUAAAGAAAUAACAACAGAUGGCUCAUCGAAUGAUGCUGAAAUUACAGAAGCCUAUUGGAAGGCUCGUACUGAUUUAGCCGAAGCCACAUUGCAACUUGCUAAAUCAAUAGAACGUUUGGAAAUCAAGAGGGUUGAAUUUUUGAAAUAUCAAACCCCAGAAGAUAGAAUAAACUGGAUCCUGGCUGAAAUGAAAGAAGAAGCCAAACAGUCUUAUUGAAGUGAGUUUCUGCUUAGAUUCUGAGUGUAUUUUAAAUUUUUAACUAACUGAGCAAUUGAAUAUGAACUUGAAGAUGGGUUAUGCUGUUAGCUGAAGUCAGCUAAUAGAUGAUUGCUUGGGAAAUAAAUAACACUAAAAUUCUGUCCGUUCUCAUUUUUCGUUUGUGUCAUCACUUUACAAAUACGUCAUGAACUACCACCUACUGGCUGACUGGUCACAUGACCACAGUUGACCGCCUGUGCACAAUAUCUCGUCCGAAAUAACUGCUGAGAACAUCGUAUAUUCAGGUGUUGCUUCUCAUAUCAGUUUUCCUGUGACGGGAAUUAGAAUUUAGAAGCAAGUGAACAAUGUACGCACCCGUUGUGUGUUUUAAUCUUCACUGGAAGUAUAACCUUAAGGGAUAGUGUCAUUGUUGAUUAAAUAAAAACUUGUCAUCACUAAUUUCUGCUGUAAAAGAUAGGUGUCUACUUUCAAUACAGUUGUAUUUUGCUUCCGGUUUCAUUUUGUUUCAGCUGCAGGAAAUUGAAUUCGAUUCCCAGGGAAAUUCAAGCAGUAUUGGUGAAAGGAACACAUUGUUUGCUUAUCUGUUCUUUUUUUGUUUAAUUAAAUAUA